CAGGAAAAGAGUCAGAGGAAAACGGGUAUAUUUCCAAGGCUGUCGCCCACUUGGAAAGCACUGUGGCCUCAGGGCUCUUCCACAUUCUUCUGCUCUGAUGUUCAUCGCCUCGUCUUGGCUUGGUGUUAUCCGAUUGGUCCUCCGGUUCCCCGUCUCUCUUCACUUACAGCCUGACAAGGCUGCCACACGCGACCUGAGCUCCGUCUUCGGGGACGGCACACGAGUGAGCGACCGAGGUGCUGCCGGUGGAAGCCGUCGCGACCCGGGUUCGAUCGCCCAAAUCCGAGUGUUAUGCCCUAAGUUCAACCAUCGCAGACUCGGUUAAACUGCCUUAGCUUACUUUGGACCGCUUCUGCCUCCCGCAAACCUCGUCUGUUACCGAGCUAUAUCCUAAAGGGAGACAGAAACCAUGAACGCAAGCUGCCAGUGCGGAGCCGUGAGCUUCAAGACGCCCACCCCCAAGCCCCUGGCGCUCUACAUCUGCCACUGCCACGACUGCCAGCUGCAGACAAGCUCGGCCUUUGGCACCUCGGCCAUCUUCCCACGGUUCCCGCUGCCAGAUGCUGAGCUGCUCUCUUGCUACAAGAGAGCGACUUCCCUGGGCCAAACUCUGUAUUGUUACUUCUGCAAGCAAUGCGGUACCAGGCUGAUCCACUCGACGCCUGAGAAGAAUGUCGUCGCCGUCAAGGGAGGCUGCAUCGAGGGUCUGGACUGGAGGACGGCCAUCCACAUAUGGACCAAGUCGGCCAUGGUCCCGAUCCCCGAGGGUUCAGAGGCCUACUCGGAAGACUCGAGCCAUACCGACUAUGGCAGCGUCCAGGAGGAGCUUGAUCAGCCCAUUGGAUUGAGGGGAUAAAAUUCGGAGGAGGUCAUCAGGUGGGUGGCUGAUGGGCGCUGGAACCUGCAGAGGCAGAUUCUGAAUGCAGUCGACG